CCUCCGCUUCCGGCUGCCGGCCGGGGCUUCCGGUUUCCGGCCGGCGCUUCCGCGACUGCACGUGGGCGCGGGCAGAGUUGGCGCGUCCGCCGCGGCAGGUGCCGGCUGCGUGAUUUCCCGGGCCUGGAGCGGGGAGGCCCCCGGCGGCCGCGAGGACGCCGCGAUGCCUAAAGCACUGAAGGGAAAAGGUGCAGGGCGAGAGAAAAAAGUCGUCCAUCCAUACAGUAGGAAAGCUGCUCAGAUUACAAGAGAGUCCCACAAGCAAGAAAAAAAGGAAAAAUUGAAGAAUGAAAAGGCUUUGCGUCUUAACCUUAUUGGAGAAAAACUUCAGUGGUUUCAAAGUCAUCUGGAUCCCCAGAAGGUGAAAUACUCAAAGAAGGAUGCUUGUAACUUAAUUGAAAGGUAUUUAAAUCGAUUCAGCAGUGAGCUGGAGCAGAUUGAGUUACAUAACAGCAUCAAAGACAGACAGGGAAGGCGGCACUGUUCCCGGGAGACGGUCAUCAAGCAGACGAUGGAGCGUGAGCGGCAGCAGUAUGAAGGCUACGGCCUGGAGAUUCCAGACAUUAUAACAGCAAGUAACCUGAAGACAUUUAGGGAAUGGGAUUUUGAUCUGAAGAAACUGCCAAACAUUAAAAUGAGAAAAAUUUGUGCUAAUGAUGCCAUUCCCAGGAAGUGCAAGAAGAAAACCACUGUAACCGUAGAUGGAGACUUGGGAGACUUGGGAGACUUGGGAGACUUGGGAGACUUGGACCUGAAAGAUGAAGCAAGUGACUCAGAUGAGGAAAUGACUGCGGUGGCCUGACUGUCUGCAGUUGGGUUGCAAAUAGAGCUGCAAGUCCCACUCACAGGUUGGGUAAACAGUCGCAUAGAAGAAUUUGCUGUUGGAUUCUUUUAUGAAAAUCCCGUUUCACAAAUGGUGUGAACGUCUAUUUCAGUGUGGAGGUGGCUUUUCAUUCACAUUACGUGGCUACAGUGGAAACGACUUGCUGAAGCUUUCAUUGGAGUUGUAGGGAGCAAUACGGGGACAAAAAUGUUUUAAUUUUUUCCUCAUGUGUUUAGGACUGCUUGAUCUCACAUUUGUGGAAUGAACAAUGACCUGUUUCCUAUUGAUUACUGUGGAUAUUUUUUGAGUUAGGACAGCAAAAGUGCCUUCCAGUGGUAAUGCCAUACUAACUCUACCCUUAACCGUAUUUUCUUGCUUUGUCAAAGAGGGGGAUGGUGUGGUAUGGAAUUGCAUAUUCAUUAUAUAUUCAUUGUCUUCUGAGCCAAAGUGAAAUGGUAAAAUAAUUAAAACUGUUGAUCUCCCACACCUAA